AUGCCACCCGACGCAACGUUGCCACCCAUUCGACGUGUCCUGAAACGUUCCGCAUCGACAGCGUCACUCCCCACGCCCCCUCGCACCCACAGCAAGCGCGGGAGGGGCAGAUCGAGGGGGUCGUGCGAUAGCGACAGCGAUGACCAGGUAGUACUGUUGAGUGACGAGGAGGAGUUGGCUGUUUCGGUUCACAAGAAACGACGAACGGGGGAAGCCACCCAGGAGGGGGAGGAUGCGUUUUGGUUGGGUACGGGUGGGUUGACGACGAGGAGCAAGAGGGCGUUUGGAUCGUCCAACUCGAAGGCGGUUGAUCCGUCUACGCAGGCGCCGUUGAUCUAUCGCCGUCGUCAAGCUCAAGCCCAGCAGCUGCAGCCCGUUUCACCACCCCCGUCGCAUCGCAAGCCCAUGGUGGUGUCACCUACCAACAACCCACCUACUACGCCACUUAGGACCUCCCCACGAUUCGCCCGUGCUCCGUCGACCGCUUCGCCCCCUGUCACUCCGAAACGAAAGUCGCAGAGGCGAACGACGAGCGUGCUCCGAGACUCUCCGCAGAACCCGUUCCUCGCCUCACCGCUUGAUGCCGUCCCGGAGUCGGACAGCGAAGAGAGCCCAAACCAGAGCCCAAAAACGCCGUAUCAAGAGAAACCGACUGUCGCUUACGUUUUUCGAGGUAUGCGUAGGGAGUUCCACAACCCGUUGUACAACCCGAUUACGAACCGACCCAUCUCGCCCCCUCGAGGGUCUAAGCUCCCCGUCGAGCACCCGGCCUUUUCCCCUGACCCAAGUUGCCCGCCAAAGCUCCUGUUUCCGGAGGCGCACAAGAGGAGAACCGCAGCAAAGGGGAAGGCGAAGGCUAAGGGAGGGAAUGGUGAUGAUGUAUUUGGAGGGGGUGAUCCGGUCAAGCCACGAAGCCGAGGCGCUACUACCCUGGACAAGGAGCUGAGAAAGGCCGGGGAGAGAUGACUCAUGAUGACCGACCAGCUGGACAAAAGGGCUCCCCUUUUGAUGUUGGGAGUUCCUCUGGUCGUCGUGCUUGCCCUCUUGCUGUUCUCUCUCCUUUUCUUGUGCAGAUCUCAUUCGCGCUGCACUUGUCCGAUUUCCACCUGCCCCGCCGCAUUGCCCCGUCUCGAUUUGUUCCUUCCCUUUUUGCACAUAACCGACUAUCCCCCCUCCCCCCCUUGCACUAACUGACCAACCGAUCCGUGUAGUAUAACACUCCUUCCUUCUCUGCUUCUCUCGCUUUGCCCCGUCAUUGAUUUGCGAUACCACCUCACCACCUCUAUACCUCCGACACGCGACACCUACACUGCUAUAUUAUCGUAUACUAUCUAUUUA